GCAGGUCGAUAAUACACUAUUAUACACAGAGAUUGCUCUCGUAUGAUGAGAGGUACCUAACUCAAUCUCUUAAUUAUGAUUUUAUAUUAUAUAUGUAUUAAAUUUGUAACGUAUAAUACACUUCUAAACAAAUACCCCAGAUUGUCCUUGAAUGUUGAGUUAUCGUAAGUUAUCUUGUAGCAAGCAAUUACGUCAUGAUUGAAUUCGUCGGCCCAAUAGACAUUCGAGUAGCCACAAACGCGCCAAUCGAAAUUCGAUUACCGGACAUAUAUCUUUUGCAACGUGCUAUGGCAACAUCGGCGUCAUCCUCUCUAGGCCCGGCACCCUGGAGGAAGCUCUUCCUAGAACACAUCCAGACGGUGGCGUCGCCGGAAUUCACUCUGAGCACGGUCCGGAAGAUUUCCUCCUCUUAUUCCCCGUCCGGCGCGGCGGCGAAGGGCUCUUACUACUACGCGCCGCGGGCCCGCACGUGCGUCUUCCGCGGCCUGUUCGCGGAGCUGCCAGCCAACCCGAAGAACGAGGCGCGGCUCAACCCGCCGGGCGUCUACGAGUCGGAUCUGCUGACGUUCACGACGGACCGCCGGAUGGACAAGAUGGCGGAGCUCUUCGGGGUGGGCGACGAGGAGAUGACUACUACUACCGACGGCUCGGAGAAGAGGGAGGGGAGAAGGAAGAUUACCGACGGCUCCGGCGGCGGCGCCCCCGUGGAAGCCGUGUUCUGGGCCAAGGAGGCCGGGACCCAGUGGCGCGUCCGCGGGAAGGCGUAUGUCCUCGCGCCGGACGUCGAGGACUCGGCCGCGGGGAGGGAGGUGAUAUCCACGCUGACGUCGCGGAUGCGAGUUCUCAAGAACACCAACACCGACACCGACAACGCCGCCGCUGCCGCCACCAACGAAUGGAGCUUCAGCCGGGAGAUCACGGCGCACUUCGGCAACCUGAGCCCGCUGAUGCGGGGAUCGUUCCGGAACCCGCCGCCGGGGACGCCGGUCGCGGCGCCGGUGGGGGACGACAGGCUGCGGCUGGGGCAGCGGGUGACGGACCUGGGGGACGAGGUCGCGCGGGCGAAUUUCCGCGUCGUGGUUAUCGUGCCGGAGGGCGUGGACCGGACCGAUCUGCGGGAUCCCGAGCGCGGGCGGAGGUGGCUGUAUACGUACGUCGGAGGAGGGAAGUCGGAAUCGACGGCGCCCGGGGGGGUUGUGGAGGAUGGGUGGGAGGAGGUUGAGGUGUGGCCUUAGCUAGAGGUAAGGACUUGAUGGUUUAGGUAGAAUAGGAGGUAGGUACCUAAGGUAUACCCCUUGGAAACCCCUAACAUGAAAAAUCUACCCGGCUACGUACCAUUUUGACGGUCUUGCCUUGGAUUGACUUGCGAGGAAAGGGUCAUGGACCCUACGUACAGCGCAAGAGUUGUAUUGUACAAUACAUGAGGUACACACAUACAUACCUAAGGUACCUAACAUAGCUCCCCAUCCUGUCCAGGCGUUUCUGCUGCUAUCCCUUACAUACGGAUAUGACCGUAUGCGUACUUGGAAAAACUGAACCUACCUACACAUACAUACCUCCUCACCUUACCUUACCUUGCAUACCUAUCUUAGCUAC